AUGCAGCAGUGGUACUGCUACUUUUGUCACCUUUUAACCAAUGCCCCCAGCUUUAGCCCUGCAAGGCCUCCGAUACCAGUGAGCUUCCUUUGCUACCGUGGGGAGAAGAACUCCAAGUCAUCGGUUCACGGUGUGGUGACUUCUUCAGAAAAUGUAACGGUAAGGUACUUUUCCGGGGAGGCUGAAGAAGAUCUCAGAGACACUCUGGAGAAUGGAUCAGUUCUCCUUAUGACUGGGAGAGGUGCAAAGAAAGUCUCUGAGGUACAGUGGAGCGCGAUUCGUCGAAUCUACAUUUUAGACUGCACAUGGAACCAGGUUAACAAGUGCUUGCGUCAACUGGGACUGUACUCCCCUUCUUCUAACAUAACCACUGCGUCUGAUGCACAGAAGUGCACACCCAGCGUUCAACUUGUGGAGUUGGAGCCCUACACAACAAUCUUUUGGAGACAGCACAAGCAGAAGAAUAGCGGCUGUCUUUCCAGUGCAGAGGCGCUUUACUACUUACUUUCAGAGCUGAACCAGCAAGGGUUGGUCACGCGCAAUCUUGACAAUAUCCUGACCUUCUUCCUUGCCCAGGCAGUCCUAAUCUAUAAGAGGAGCCCCUGGGUUAAUAAGCAGGUUGACGCUCAUUAUAAGGAGAUAGGUGAACUCUUCAAAAGACGGUGGGGCAUUGAUGUAUCUGUAGCCCCCCAAUCUUCAGUACAGAGCGGAUCAGUUGGUUGCUGCCCUCGCUGCGGAAGCUCUGCUGAAGGCAUUAUAUUCAAAGGCUCAAAGGGAUGCGUAGUCUGUCUUCGAGAGGAGCUUAAACGAGCACUCACCAAAACCCUUGCGCGGUGUCCUGUGUUCUUUCCGGGUGGCAGAUUCCUCGUACUAUCCUUCUCAAAUCUCUGUUUCACUGCCUUUCGGAAUUACAUGCGUGACUACUUAGGCUCUUCCGUCAGUGCAUUGGAUGAUGUGAUGCUACCUUACAGUCUUAGACAACACAACGAUGAAGGUGCUGGUUACUUUUCUAUUCUCCACUCAGCCCUACAUCAUGCUCAAGCAGAAAAUAUCCCACUGGUGUUCGAUAUUCGUGACUCAAACUCUGUGGCUAGCACAAUCAUGCACUCUGCUGUUCUAGGUGAUCUGAGCCCUGGUAUUGCUUCCGCAGAAGAGUUUCUUGAGUUUCCUAAUCUUCAAGUGGACCCUACAAUCGCAUACAAGCGAUAUCUAUCUGAUGCUACUCAGCUUUAUAAGCCAAAGCGGCAGCUAGGGCAUGUUUCAUUGUUUCGACCUUUCCUUUCUAUUCCUGAGCAUGUGCUCAAAUGCUAUGCAGACCCUCUUCUAACUAAUACUAACUCAUCCAAAAUGCUAAGUCUUGUCCCUCUUUCUGAGGAAAAACAGUACCUUAUGCCACUUCUUCGUGAAUUAGUACCGUCUCCAGAGGCUGUCUGCGGGCUGUCAAAGAAACUAGAAUGGCGAGCGCAGUCAGGAGAGGUGCCUUGUCCCCUUUGCGGUGCCGCGCUGGAUGAUAGCAAGUGCAUCUGUAGUCAACUAUAG